AUGAACGGCGUCCGGAUCUUGAUGAUGUCUCUACAUUCAAUUCUAUCGUUGAGCGGAUGCUCCUUCAACCUUCUCCUGAUUUAUGUCGUGAUUUUUCAUUCGCCGUCUAGAAUCAAAACCUACUCGAUAUUGAUUCUCAACUUUGCCAUUACCGAUUUUGUACUCUGCUUUUCUAGCUUCUUCAAUCUCUUGAGGUAUGUUUUCGUCUCGAAGAAUUUCACAUGAUUUCCAACAAAAAUAGUCUUAUUUGAAUUUCAAUUGCAGAUUCGUUCCAAUUGGAGACUCAAUAAUCUGGAUUUCCAGUGGCCCCUGUCGAAUUUUUGGCUACACAGCUUGCUUAGCAUCGUUAGUUCCGCAUUAACUUUUCUCAAAAGCCGAAAUUUCCCGAGUUCAGGUACAAUAUUGGAAUGCACCUCGUUUCGCAUAGUUUAUACUCGCUGUUAUACUCCUUUUCCUACAGAUAUUACAUUUUGCUACGUUCGGCCCCGAAAGUUCGAUCUGUGUUGAUUUUCCUCGCUAUAGUCUAUUCGCCGUCAUUCCUCUCCCUGGUAGGCUAUCGAACGUCUGCAUUCAAUUGCAUUGAGCUUUUGAAAAAUUUCCAUGCUUUCAAAAGUUCCCGCUAACUGUUAUAAAUGAACUAUUGUCUGAAAAAAUGUUCAUUCAGAUCCUCUCUUUUCGAAUGGCAAGUCCAUCGAAUUUGAUGCGAGAAAUUCUUCUCCAACAUUUCCCAAAAUACGAUGUGCAAGACACUCUGAUUGGCGGUACUGCUGACAUGCAAAGAGUCGAGAAUCAGCUAAUAACUUCGAUUGGCUACGUUCCAGUCAUCCCAUUCUACAUUGCGAUUCUUAUCAUCCGCCGGAGGAUUAUCAAAAAACUCGAAGUCGUAGACUCUUCGUUAAGCGAUGAAACGAAGAGUAUACAGAAGCAGUUUUUGAAGGUAAUCCGAGUUUUUUUUGAAACUUUUUUUUGAGGAUACUAUGAGCUUUAUAAUGAAAAAACAAUCAUAAGCCUUUGGACAAAUUCUCGCACCUUUGAAAGUCAUGGCGUUCCAAACAUCUACAUGAGCCUUCAAACUGAACUCUUCUUCUCCAAAAUCAACUCGGCUACUUGAACAAUCAAUAUGUUCCUUCAAGAUCUCUACUGUCAUGAAUAACCUGAGGGUUAAGAGUCUGAAGCUAUGAAACCUCUUCUAAAAAUUUUCGUGAUAAUUUUAUAGAGAUUUUCCAGGCUCUCACCUUCCAAGCCCUGAUUCCCGUUUGCAACGUCGUCGCCCUCGUCGCCUACACGAUCGAACAACUCAACAUUUAUUCCCACCCGAUCCUGGAUUACGUUGCGAUGUCCGUACUUCUUGUACCAAUUCUAACUCCGAUCUCAUCUCUAUAUUUUGUCGCCGCCUACCGAAAUAAAGUCAAAAGCAUGUUUAAAAUCAAUACCAAUUUGAUUGGACAUAAACCAACUGUUGUAAACUCCACGGCUUCUUUCUCUCGAACUUGAAAAGUUUUAUCGAGCUGUCAUUGUGAAUAUUCGUUUCAAGUUGAACUUUGAUUUUUUAUUAACCUCCCGAUUGUGUUUUUGAAAUGUAAUUGCCACUCUUUGAACUCAAGCCUUGAAUUUUCUUCUCAGGAAAAAAAUUGUGCAUUGCUCAUUUUCUCAUUAAAAUAUUUUCAAAAAGUCCAAGCUUUCAAUAUUUCGUCAAACUUCUGAAGUACAAUUUUGGCACUUCCGUGUCAGUUAAGAAUGAUUUUUUUCUUUCAAGAAAUUCCCAAGAAAACAAAGCGGAAAUGACUAAGAAAGGUCAGUAAAAUGAAACUGAAAUCUCAAAAUCCAAAUACUCUGAAAACCUUAAAGAUAUAUUAAAAAGAUCAGAUUCUACUGAAGCUUUUCGACUUUAUCUUCGUGGUCAUCUUUUCGCAGCCACUAACUUUCGAAAAUCUAUGAUGUAAAUUUUUUAGCCCUUUGAUUUCCCCUACUAUCUGACUCUCUCAUGAAUAUUUUUGUACUUUCUCAUUCUCAGGAUUUCUUUUCUCAGGAGUUGGAUGAUUAAGCGACUGUGUGAAAAUCAGAAGGAGCUUAUUCAGUCAGUAUCCUUCGAACCGCUUCAGCUCUUCGAAAAAAUGGACGGCUUCAAGAUCUUGAUGAAGUCUCUACAUACACUUCUAGCACUGAGCGGUUGUUCUUUCAAUCUUCUUCUGAUCUAUGUCGUCAUUUUCUACUCACCACCUAGGAUCAAAACCUAUUCGGUACUUAUCCUAAACUUCGCUAUCACGGACUUUCUAGUUUGCUUUUCCAGUUUCUUCAACCUUUUAAAGUAAGUCUAAUUUUUCAUUCGAGCAUUGCGAAGAUUUUUGGCCAGCUGUUAUCUUUAAAGCACCGCUUCGAGCCAUUUCACGAAAAAAGAGAAAUAGAGACUUCGAUUAAGAUUCGUCCCGAUUGGAGACUCAGUUGUUUGGAUUUCCGGUGGUCCUUGUCUGCUUUUCGGCUACACUUCUUGUUUAGUGUCGUAAGUAAUUUUUAAUUAUUAGUUUCAUUCUUCAUUCAUUUUCAGAUACAACUUUGGUAUGCACCUGAUCUCGCACAGUUUAUAUUCUUUGCUGUAUUCUUUCUCCUACAGAUAUUAUAUUUUGGGACAUCCAGCCCCCAAACUACGAUCCGUAUUGAUUGUUCUCGCUUUAGUCUACUCACCUUCAUUCCUAUCACUGGUUGGUUUUGGUUUUCUUUCCAAGCCACUAAAUAGUUGUUUCAUAAUAGCUUUCUAAGAUUUCUAAAAAAAAAGCAUGAGGCAGAUUGCUAAACACUUCUGUGAAAAAAACCUACUCACUAAAAAUUAUUUCUUCAGAUACUUUCUUUUCGAACAGCGAGCCCAUCGGAUCAAAUGCGAGACAUUCUCCUCCAAAAUUUUCCCAACUACGAUGUUCAAGGCGUUUUGAUUGGCGGUAUAGCCAACAUGCAAAAAGUAGAAACUCAACUCAUAACUUCAAUUGGCUACGUUCCAGUCAUCCCAUUCUACAUUGCUAUUCUCAUUAUUCGCAAGAAGAUCAUCAACAAGCUCAACUCAGUCGACUCUUCGUUGAGACAUGAUACGAAAAACAUCCAGAAGCAGUUCUUGAAGGUAACUAGACCGAAAAUAUUAGAAGUAGUUAGCAUGAUUUCAAAUAUAAGAUCGCGUUUUUAAAUAACGUAAUGGGUCUAAAAAUCAUUUUAUAACUGAACACAUUACGGUGAGCCUUUGAAAACUAAAAAAAAAAUUGAAACUUACCUUCAAAAACCAUUACGUGAUUCGAUAAGCAGUUAAAAGCUCUAGAAACCAGUACACUUGGUUAAAAAGCCAACAUGCGCCUUUAAAAAUUAUUUUUUGAAAACUUCCCUGAGCUUUUAACACUAUCCUGAUGCUUAGUAAAUCAACAAGCGUUUUGAAAGUCAUCAAGUAUCUCAAUACUCAGUCUUCAGUUAUGUGCCUCUGCCCUUUAAUUUACGUCUUCAAAAUCUCUCAACACCUUCUAAAACACCAAUAAUCACUAAUUUUCCAGGCUCUCACCUUCCAGGCCUUGAUACCCGUCUGCAACGUCGUCGCGCUCGUCGCCUACACGAUCGAACAACUCAACAUUUAUUCCCACCCGAUUUUGGAUUAUGCAGCCAUGUCUGUCCUUUUGGUACCCAUCCUAACUCCAAUUUUUUCUUUGUAUUUCGUCUCCGCCUAUCGGAAACGAGUCAAAAGCCUGCUUCAAUUGAAACUCGGGUCUGUUGGCCCUAGGAGUCUUGCCGUCGUUUCAACAGCUUCUUCUUCUUGA